AUGAAUUGUGGUCGUAAUAGGGGCCAGGGUGCGGAGCACCAGCCGCCUCCAGGAGGUCCAGGUCCCCUUCUCAUUCAGCGACCGCACCGACACGCGAUACCGGGUCGCGGGGGAAAGGUUCGUGAGGGUGUAGUCCGUUUGAAGGACCUGCUUGUGGAGGAUGCCCUCCUCCUGUGUAUCCAAACAGUCCACGAGGACUUCAAAAUGACUGUGCGUGUCGAGAAUCCCCGUGCGUCGCUCAUUCGCGUCCUUGCCAUUCUUCGCAGAAGAAAGGGGGGAACAAGAAGAGGGUCCCCGGAAAUUGUGAUGCCAUUGGAUGAGCGCGAAGGAUUCGCCCAAAUCGAACACCUUCACGGAUACCGGCUGGAGCGUGGUGAGGCAUAUGGGAAGGGAAAACUCCCCCCAAUCACCCACCUCCGUUAA